AGCUGAACACAGCAAUGCCCACGUCCAAGCUAACCAGCUAGCUCCUCAUGAGGCUCCCAGCUAGCCUGUGACCCACCUGACACACCACAACGACACGUGUCAGUGUUGACUCUUAGUCUUGUGCAGAACAGCACCUGUGUAGUUGAGUUUGUUAUGUUGCAUAGUUAGUUUAGUUAGUAGGUUUCUGAAGCUAACCAGACACGUUGGCUAACUAGCUGCAGCUUCAGCUAACAACAACACUGACCUGAGAGAGCAGCUCAGACCAGGCCAUCCAGAUGGUGAUCAUGUCGGGCACAGCCACUGUGCUGCAGCAGUUUGUCAGUGGGCUGAAGAAUCGAAAUGAAGACACCAGAGCAAAGUCUGCCAAAGAUCUGCAGCACUAUGUGACUACAGAGCUCAGAGAGUUAAGCCAAGAUGAAGCCACUACAUUCUACGAUGAGUUGAACCACCACAUAUUUGAGCUGGUAUCCAGCUCUGAUGUGAAUGAGAAGAAAGGAGGGAUUCUCGCCAUUGUGAGUCUGAUCGGAGUCGAGGGGGGCAAUGCCACCAGGAUCAGCCGCUUCGCCAAUUACCUCCGCAACCUGCUCCCAUCCAGUGACCCUGUGGUGAUGGAGAUGGCCUCCAAAGCCAUGGGCCACCUGUCCAUGGCAGGGGACACCUUUACUGCAGAGUAUGUGGAGUUUGAGGUGAAGAGGGCCCUGGAGUGGCUGGGAGCAGACAGAAAUGAGGGCCGACGCCAUGCUGCAGUGUUGGUGUUGAGGGAACUGGCUGUGAGCGCACCCACCUUCUUCUUUCAGCAAGUGCAGCCCUUCUUUGACAACAUCUUUUACGCAGUAUGGGACCCCAAGCAGGCCAUCCGAGAAGGGGCUGUAUCUGCACUGCGAGCCAGUCUCAUCCUCACCACACAGAGGGAGACCAAGGAAAUGCAGAAACCACAGUGGUACAAACAAACCUUUGAGGAGGCAGAGAAGGGCUUCGAUGAGACUUUGGCAAAAGAGAAAGGGAUGAAUCGGGACGACAGGGUCCACGGUGCUCUCCUGAUCCUGAACGAGCUGGUUCGCAUCAGCAGCAUGGAGGGAGAGCGCAUGCGCGAGGAGAUGGAGGAGAUCACGCAGCAGCAGCUGGUCCAUGAUAAGUACUGCAAGGAGCUGAUGGGAUUUGGAGCCAAGCCCCGACACAUCACACCCUUCACCAGCUUCCAGUCGGUGCAGCCACAGCAGUCCAACGCCCUCCUUGGCCUGCUGGGCUACAGCACGCCGCAGGGCUUCCUCAGCUUCGGGGCCACGCCGGCACCCGCCAAGAGCUCGCUGGUGGAGAGUCGAUACUGCCGCGAGCUGAUGGAGGAACGAUUCGACCAGGUGUGUCGGUGGGUUCUGAAAUACAAGACCAGUAAAAACCCUCUGAUCCAGAUGACCAUCCUCAACCUGCUUCCACGCCUGGCUGCCUUCCAACCACAUAGCUUUACAGAACAGUACCUGUCAGACACUAUGGGCUACCUGCUGGCCUCUCUGAAGAAGGAAAAGGAGAGGACGGCAGCUUUCCAGGCUCUGGGGCUGCUGGUAGUGGCUGUCAGGGCAGAAAUCCAUCCGUACCUCACAAGGAUCCUUGAGAUCAUCAAGGCUGCCCUGCCGCCCAAGGACUUUGCACACAAGAGGCAGAAGACAAUGCAGGUGGACGCCACAGUGUUCACCUGCAUCAGCAUGCUUUCCAGAGCCAUGGGUCCCAGCAUCCAACCAGACAUCAAGGAGCUGCUGGAGCCAAUGCUGGCUGUGGGCCUCAGCCCUGCACUGACAGCAGUGCUGUACGACCUGAGCCGUCAGAUCCCCCAGUUGAAGAAGGACAUCCAGGACGGCCUGUUGAAGAUGCUCUCCCUGGUGUUGAUGCACAAGCCGCUUCGUCACCCCGGCAUGCCCAAAGGCCUGGCUCAUCAGCUGGCCUCGCCAAGCCUCACGAACAUCCCCGAGGCCAGUGACGUAGGCAGCAUCACACUUGCCCUACGCACACUGGGAAGCUUUGAGUUUGAAGGACACUCCCUCACCCAGUUUGUGCGCCACUGUGCCGAUCACUUCCUGAACAGCGAACACAAGGAAAUCCGGAUGGAGGCAGCUCGGACCUGCUCUCGCCUCCUCACCCCCUCCAUCCACAUGAUCAGCGGCCAUGUUGUCAGCCAGACUGCUGUGCAGGUUGUUGCGGAUGUGCUCAGCAAGCUGUUAGUUGUUGGGAUCACCGACCCAGAUCCAGACAUUCGAUACUGUGUGCUGGCAUCUCUCGAUGAGCGUUUUGAUGCUCACCUGGCCCAGGCCGAGAACUUGCAGGCGCUGUUUGUUGCCCUGAACGACGAGGUGUUUGAGAUCAGAGAGCUGGCCAUCUGCACGAUCGGACGCCUCAGCAGUAUGAACCCCGCCUUUGUCAUGCCCUUCCUACGCAAGAUGCUCAUCCAGAUCUUAACAGAGUUGGAGCACAGUGGUGUCGGCAGGAACAAAGAGCAGAGUGCCCGUAUGCUUGGUCAUCUUGUCUCCAAUGCCCCACGCCUCAUACGGCCAUAUAUGGAGCCCAUCCUCAAGGCUCUCAUCCUCAAGCUGAAAGACCCAGACCCCAACCCUGGAGUGGUCAUUAGUGUCCUUGCGACCAUCGGCGAGCUGGCCCAGGUGAGUGGCCUGGAGAUGAGGAAGUGGAUGGACGAGCUUUUUCCAAUCAUCAUGGACAUGCUGCAGGACUCCUCCUCAUUGGCCAAACGACAGGUGGCGCUGUGGACGCUGGGCCAGCAGGUGGCUAGUACAGGUUAUGUGGUGGAGCCCUACCGCAAGUACCCCUCCCUCCUGGAUGUGCUGCUCAACUUCCUCAAGACGGAACAAAACCAGGGCAUCAGGAGAGAGGCUAUCCGAGUUCUGGGUCUCCUCGGAGCUCUGGACCCCUACAAGCACAAGGUGAACAUCGGCAUGAUCGACCAGUCACGAGACGCCUCCGCCGUCAGUCUCUCGGAGUCCAAGUCCAGUCAGGACUCAGAUUCUCCUGUACUUAAAGGUGAUUCAGAAGUGGCUUAUCACAGAUGGCAGCAAUCACACAAAUACCCGGACUACAGCACCAGUGAGAUGCUAGUGAACAUGGGCAACCUGCCCUUGGACGAGUUUUACCCUGCCGUGGCAAUCGUCACUCUGAUGCGCAUCCUGAGGGACCCCUCACUCUCCAACCACCACACCAUGGUGGUCCAGGCCGUCACCUUCAUCUUCAAGUCUCUGGGCCUCAAGUGUGUCCAGUUCCUGCCGCAGGUCAUGCCCACUUUCCUCAAUGUGAUCCGGGUUUGCGACGCCAGUAUCCGAGAGUUCCUCUUCCAGCAGAUGGGAAUGGUGGUGUGCUUUGUGAAGAUCCACAUCCGCCCUUACAUGGACGACAUCUUCACCCUCAUCAGAGAGUACUGGACACCAAACAACCCCAUGCAGAACACCAUCAUCCUUCUGAUUGAGCAGAUUGUGGUGGCACUGGGUGGCGAGUUCAAGCUCUACCUUCCCCAGCUCAUCCCACACAUGUUGCGUGUCUUCAUGCACGACAACAGCACCGGACGCAGCGUCACCAUCAAGAUGCUCAACGCCAUCCAGCUGUUUGGUGCCAACCUGGACGACUACCUGCACUUGCUGCUGCCUCCCAUCGUCAAGCUGUUUGAUGCCUCGGAUGUGCCCCUGCAGGCCCGCAAGGUUGCCUUGGAGACACUGGACCGGCUGACGGAGUCCCUGGACUUCACCGACUAUGCCUCACGCAUUAUCCACCCGAUUGUUCGCUCACUGGACAAUACGCCUGAGCUGCGCGCCACCUCUAUGGACACCCUGUCCUCGCUGGUAUUCCAGCUGGGGAAAAAGUACCAGAUCUUCAUCCCCAUGGUGAACAAAGUGAUGCUGAAGCACAGGAUCAACCACCAGCGUUAUGACAUACUCAUAUGUCGCAUUGUUAAGGGCUAUACUCUGGCUGAGGAGGAAGAGGACCCUCUAAUCUUCCAACAUCGCCAGCUUCGUGGUAACCAAGAUGCCCUGGUCAGCGGGCCAGUGGAGGCGGGGCCUAUGAAGAAGCUUCACGUCAGCACCACUGCACUUCAGAAGGCUUGGGGUGCCGCCAGGAAGGUGUCCAAAGAUGAUUGGCUUGAGUGGCUGAGGCGCUUGAGUGUGGUCCUGCUCAAGGAGUCGUCCUCUCCAGCCCUGCGAUCGUGCUGGUCUCUGGCCCAAACCUACAUCCCUCUUGCCAGGGACCUGUUCAACGCAGCCUUCCUGUCCUGUUGGUCCGAGCUGAAUGAGGACCAGCAGGAUGAGCUCAUCCGCAGCAUCGAGUUGGCCCUCACCUCCCAGGACAUCGCUGAGGUCACGCAGACUCUGCUCAACCUGGCAGAGUUCAUGGAGCACAGUGACAAGGGUCCCCUGCCCCUCAGAGAUGAUAAUGGCAUCGUGCUGCUGGGCGAGAGGGCUGCCAAGUGUCGUGCCUACGCCAAGGCUCUGCACUACAAAGAGCUGGAGUUUCAGAAAGGGGCCUCUCCGCUCAUCCUGGAGUCUCUUAUCAGCAUCAACAAUAAACUGCAGCAGCCAGAAGCGGCCUCUGGGGUUCUGGAGUACGCCAUGAAGCAUUUUGGUGAACUGGAAAUCCAAGCUACUUGGUACGAGAAGCUACAUGAAUGGGAGGAUGCUCUGGUAGCAUAUGACAAGAAGAUUGACAUGAACAAAGAGGAUCCAGAGCUCAUCCUGGGCAGAAUGCGCUGCUUAGAGGCCCUGGGAGAAUGGGGGCAGUUGCACCAGCAGUGCUGCGAGGAAUGGACACUGGUGAGCGAGGAAACCCAGGCCAAGAUGGCUCGUAUGGCGGCCGCCGCCGCUUGGGGUCUAGGGCACUGGGACAGCAUGGAGGAGUACACGUGUAUGAUCCCAAGAGACACACAUGAUGGCGCUUUUUAUAGAGCGGUCCUAGCCCUUCAUCAGGACCUCUUCUCAUUGGCCCAGCAGUGUAUUGACAAAGCAAGAGACCUCCUGGAUGCUGAGCUGACGGCCAUGGCUGGAGAGAGCUACAGUCGAGCCUAUGGGGCCAUGGUGUCUAGCCAGAUGCUGUCAGAGCUCGAGGAGGUGAUCCAGUAUAAGCUUGUGCCAGAGAGGAGGGACAUCAUUAGGGAAACAUGGUGGGAGAGGCUUCAGGGAUGUCAGCGCAUCGUAGAGGACUGGCAAAGGAUCCUGAUGGUCAGAUCGCUUGUCAUCAGCCCCCACGAGGACAUGAGGACUUGGUUGAAGUAUGCCAGCCUCUGUGGCAAGAGCGGACGCCUGGCACUGGCCCAUAAGACCCUGGUGCUCCUUCUGGGCGUCGACCCCUCCAAGCAACUUGAUCACCCGCUGCCCACGGCCCACCCACAUGUCACAUACGCUUAUAUGAAGUACAUGUGGAAGAGUGCCCGCAAGAUCGAUGCCUUCCAGCACAUGCAGCACUUUGUGCAAGGGAUGCAGCAGCAAGCCCAGCACGCCAUCGCAGCCGAGGACCAGCAGCACAAGCAGGAGCUCCACAAACUGAUGGCCAGAUGUUUCCUAAAGCUGGGUGAGUGGCAGCUCAGUCUGCAGGGCAUCAACGAGAGCACCAUCCCGAAGGUUCUGCAGUAUUACAGCCAUUCCACAGAGCAUGACCGCAACUGGUACAAGGCCUGGCACGCCUGGGCGGUGAUGAACUUUGAGGCGGUUCUGCACUACAAACACCAGAACCAAGGACGCGACGAGCUGCGCCACCCUGGCGCGGCCAGUGCUAACAGCGAAGCCAGCAACAGCGACAGCGAGGUUGACAGCACCGACCACAGUCCUGUGCCCUCACCGGGACAGAAGAAGAUCAAUGAGCAUCCGCUGUUUGCUGACCCUCCGCAGGACCUCUCGAAGACACUGCUCCUCUACACGGUUCCUGCAGUUCAAGGUUUCUUCCGCUCCAUUUCCCUCUCCAGAGGCAAUAACCUGCAGGACACACUCAGGGUUCUCACUCUAUGGUUUGACUACGGCCAUUGGCCUGAAGUGAACGAAGCCCUGGUGGAGGGUAUCAAGACCAUUCAAAUAGACACCUGGCUACAGGUGAUCCCUCAGCUCAUCGCUCGAAUUGACACUCCUCGAGCCCUGGUGGGUCGCCUCAUCCACCAGCUGCUUACAGACAUCGGACGGUAUCAUCCUCAAGCUUUGAUCUACCCACUGACCGUGGCCUCCAAGUCCACCACCACAGCCCGCCACAAUGCUGCUAACAAGAUCUUGAAGAACAUGUGUGAACACUGCAACGCUCUGGUUCAGCAGGCCAUCAUGGUGAGUGAGGAGCUUAUCCGGGUGGCCAUCUUGUGGCACGAGAUGUGGCACGAGGGCCUUGAAGAGGCGUCGCGUCUUUACUUCGGUGAGCGCAACGUCAAGGGCAUGUUCGCUGUGCUGGAGCCUCUACAUGCCAUGAUGGAGAGGGGACCGCAGACCCUCAAGGAGACCUCUUUUAACCAGGCUUACGGCAGGGACUUGAUGGAGGCUCAGGACUGGUGCAGGAAGUACAUGCGCUCUGGAAACGUCAAAGACCUGACCCAGGCCUGGGACCUCUACUACCAUGUGUUCAGACGCAUUUCCAAACAGCUGCAACAGCUGACCUCCCUGGAGCUCCAAUACGUGUCUCCAAAGCUGCUGAUGUGCCGGGACCUGGAGCUGGCUGUACCAGGCACCUAUGACCCCAACCAGCCUAUCAUCCGCAUCCAAUCCAUCGCCGCCUCCCUGCAGGUCAUCACCUCCAAGCAGCGCCCACGCAAACUCACCAUCAUGGGCAGUAAUGGCCACGAGUUCAUGUUCCUGUUGAAGGGCCAUGAGGACCUGAGGCAGGAUGAGAGAGUCAUGCAGCUGUUCGGUCUGGUCAACACACUGCUGGCCAACGACCCAGCGUCCUUGCGCAAGAACCUCAGCAUUCAGCGCUACGCCGUGAUCCCCCUGUCCACCAACUCAGGCCUGAUUGGCUGGGUGCCCCACUGUGACACCCUGCACGCCCUCAUCAGAGACUACAGAGAGAAGAAGAAGAUAUUGCUCAACAUUGAACAUCGCAUCAUGCUCAGGAUGGCCCCAGACUACGACCACCUGACGCUGAUGGAGAAGGUGGAGGUGUUUGAGCACGCCGUCAACAACACGGCUGGAGACGACCUGGCCAAGCUCUUGUGGCUGAAGAGCCCCAGCUCUGAGGUGUGGUUCGACAGGAGGACCAAUUACACCCGCUCCCUGGCUGUGAUGUCCAUGGUGGGCUACAUCCUCGGACUGGGUGACAGGCAUCCAUCCAACUUGAUGUUAGACCGGUUAAGCGGCAAGAUCCUCCACAUUGACUUUGGAGACUGUUUUGAGGUCGCCAUGACAAGAGAGAAGUUCCCUGAAAAGAUCCCAUUCAGACUGACGAGGAUGCUGACCAAUGCCAUGGAGGUGACGGGCUUGGACGGUAACUACCGGAUCACCUGCCACACGGUGAUGGAGGUGCUGAGGGAGCACCGGGACAGCGUCAUGGCCGUAUUGGAGGCCUUCGUCUACGACCCGCUGCUCAACUGGAGGCUCAUGGACACAAACACCAAAGGCACCAAGCGUUCCCGCACCAGGACCGACUCCUACACCGCCGGGCAGUCAGUGGAGGCCCUUGAGGGAAUAGACCUUGGAGAGACCACACACAAGAAAGCCGGCAGCACAGUGCCCGAGUCCAUCCACUCCUUCCUCGGAGACGGCACGGUGCAACCUGAGGCACUCAACAAGAAAGCCAUUCAGAUUAUCAACAGAGUGAGAGACAAACUUACAGGUCGAGACUUCUCUCACGAUGAGACACUGGACGUACCAACACAAGUGGAGCUCCUCAUCAAGCAAGCCACAUCCCAUGAAAACCUGUGCCAGUGCUACAUUGGAUGGUGUCCAUUUUGGUGAAGAAACCGCCUCCGGCAGACAAUCUCACACUUGACAUUUUUUCCCUCACUGGUAAACCAAGAAGAAGCACUCGACUCAGAUAUUUAUCCAAAAGAAAGUGCUUCAGCCACGCAGUGCAGAGUUUUUGAGAAGGAUGUAUUGUUUUGUUAUUGCUGUAGAAUCAUUCAACUUUUCAUUCAACCUGUUUUGAGGUUAUGAGAAAUAAUUUAACUCAAAAUGCUUCAAAUGACUUUUUCUCUCUUUUAACACCAUAAUCAGUUUGCUAAAGCUUUCUACGGUGGCCAUAUUGUAAUAAGUUAUUUCUUACUGCACACACUGUAUUAAAAACCCACCAGUCCGUUGUAUCAUUGUCUAUUAAUGUGACCGAUUUCAAUAAUUAACUUAAACAUUCUUAUUAAGUCUACUCAUCACAAGUAAUGUUUGAUUUGAGAGGAUCAUAAUGUACUGUAUGUGUGCCAUUAAACCCUGUACAGAAACCACUGCGACCGCACUGUGUUCAUUUGACAGUACGUGAUGUCCGUUUGGGUCGAGCUUGUCACACCUACCGAGUUUGAAAAUAAAUUUAA